ACGUUUCCAUCAGUCGGGUCUUCAACUCCGGACCGCGAACAACCAGUGAUCGGGGUUGCGCGACUCCGCCACCGUGGAAACACCCUCCCGGACGCCGCGACGUGUUUCCGCGAGCGGAAACCGCCCGUUCCGCGUGGCGCGCGCUCGAAACGCGAGUCGCCCUCCUAGGCGGCCGUUCCGCCCACCCUUCCGCACCGAUUCCACCGACGGUAAUCCUCCACCGCGACCGGCUUUCCGCCGAGCCGAUUCCGCCGAGGUCCGAAAGAUGGAGAAGUUGCGGCGAGAUCGCGGCUCCGCGCGCGGACGCUGAAGGGGACACGGAUCGCGCAUCAACGACCGACCCGGAACACCGAUCCCGCUCCGCCAAAAAACACCGCGAUCGAGCGAAAACGGGCUUUUCACGCUCGACCCGCUCGGCCCGGGCUCGCGCCCCCGCUUUUCUCGGGGCGCUCCCUCCUCUCUUUCUUUCCAUUCUCCUCCGCCGUUUGUCUCCCGACACGGCCGCUAAUUAAUCUUCCGGCUGGAACGUCCGACGACGCGCCCGCUCACCGACGUAAAAUCCCGGCGAGAGGACCGCGAGCGGUCCACCGGCAGGAUAACGAGGAUAACGUCCGAAAUAAUUCGGACGAAACCGCCUCGAGCGGCUCGUAAUUAGCAAACGGUCCGCCGAGGGUUUCCGCGGGAACGACUCGAUUUCCCUCGAACACUCGGGGGCAGCUCGACCGAUCAAAGAAGCCUGGAGAAGACACCCCGACCCGCGAUAGUGGCGCGGCUUCCGAGGAUCAACGUCCUCUGUUCCGGCCCGUGACGGGACCUUGCUCGACGAGGAUCGGCCCGGCCGGCUGAUCCCGGAUUGUCCGAGCAGCCAAACAAUCCCCGUGGGCGUCUCGAUCGAGUGGUCCGAGUUCGCGGCUGAUUCGCGAGGCUCCGAAAAGUGCGUAACCGAAGAGAGGUCGGCGCGAGGAAUCUGGAAAUCUGGAAACGGAAGACAGUGCGUUGGUGCCGACUGGUGGAUGCGCGAGGCGAAAUCGAAGUCUCGGUAAUCGGUAUAUCUGUGGAAGGUGAGGACCGAUGGCUGGGCCGACCUAGCUUCGCUCUCGAAGACAGGAGAGACCGUCGGUCGGAGAUCGUUCGGAGGUUCUAAAGCAGGUGGGGAGAGAAAUGCUCGAGGGAAGGAGGAGGAUCGAGGGAGCGGGAGGCCGGUGAUCGGUGAACCGGAUCCGAUCCGGUAGAUUGUGGCCGGUCUCGCGGGGAUCGAGGACGAUUGAAAAUUUUCGCCGGUGUGCUCGGCGGACGAUAUUUCACGGUCGGCGGGGGCGCGCGAGAAUGACAGCGAUUCGCGGAGAGUGAACGCGCGCGCGAGAAGGCCGACGCGUGUGUCCAGUGGAAAAGAGGGACGGGUCGGGACCGGACUGACAGGAAAUCGUGGAAUCGCUGCCGGGGGAGAUAUCCUGCGGGCGAGCCGGUCGGUCGACGGCGAUGGCAUGAGGAUAUUAGCAAGAAGGAGCUGCGGGUCCAGCGAGGCGGAGGAUGAGGAUGGUGGUGGGCGUGAUGGUCCUUGGUCAGCUACUGACGAGGAUCCUGCUCGCUGCCCACGCUGGCGAUCGGCUCGCGGCGGCUCGCAGGAUUCUCAGGGACGUGCCGCUGAUAGAUGGGCACAACGAUCUCCCGUGGAACAUACGCAAGUUCCUGAAGAACCAGCUGAGGGAGUUCAGGUUUGAUGACUUGAGGGACACCCAUCCCUGGUCCCGGAGCGCUUGGAGCCACACGGACCUCAGAAGAUUAAAAGAAGGAAUGGUCGCAGCGCAGUUCUGGUCCGCCUACGUGCCCUGCUCCUCGCAGUAUCUCGACUCGGUCCAGCUGGCCCUGGAGCAGAUCGACCUGAUUCGACGGCUGGUCAACAAGCAUCCUGAAAGCAUGGUCCUCGUUACUACGGCGGAAGGUAUAGAGAGGGCGCACAAGGAGGGUAGAUUAGCGAGCCUGAUAGGGGUGGAGGGCGGCCACGCGGUCGGAACGAGCCUGGCGGUUCUGAGGAUGCUGUACGAGUUGGGCGCCAGAUAUCUCACCCUCACGCACACCUGUAAUAUACCUUGGGCAGAAUGCAGCACAGUGGAUGAACCCGGCAGAAUCUCUCACAUCGGUGGCCUCUCCGACUUUGGCAAGAGCGUCGUCCUCGAGAUGAACCGUCUCGGAAUGAUGGUGGACCUGUCGCACGUCGCCGUGCCCACGAUGCUCGUCGCCAUGAGGACAUCGAGAGCGCCGGUGAUCUUCAGCCACAGCAGCGCCCAUGCUCUCUGCAAUUCCUCGCGAAAUGUGCCUGACCACGCGCUGCGACAUUUGGCGCAGACCGAUGGUAUAGUUAUGGUAUCCUUCUACCCUCAUUUUAUCAGCUGCGGCGAGAAAUCGACGUUGGAGGACGUGGCCGCCCACAUCGAUCAUAUUCGCAAGAUCGCUGGCAUCGACCACGUGGGCAUAGGAGCCGGCUACGACGGGAUCAACCUGACACCGUCGGGCUUGGAGGACGUUAGCAAGUACCCGGAGCUCUUCGCGGAGCUGCUGGCGAGAGGAUGGUCGGAGAAGGACAUCCAGAAGCUGGCGGGCCUCAACCUGAUUCGAGUCUUCAAGGCGGUCGAGAAGGUUCGUGACGAGAUGGCGGCGGAAGGGAUCGAGCCGCUCGAGGAAGAAAUUCCAUACGGCGACAUAAGAGGACGAGAUUACUGCCGCUACAACGUGAAGCGACUGAUGGCGCCGUAGAAGGACGUCCUUCGGCCGGGGAAGGAAGAAAGGAAAGGAAAUAAAGGAAGAAAGAAGAAGAAGGAGCUUGCCGAGAAGAAGAGGAUCGCGGGAAUCGAAAGAUCGUUGUCUAGGCGAGAAAAGCGGCGAGGAGAGAGAGACUGCUCUUUAGAAUGGUCUCGAUUCCGCGCGGCCUCGCGUCAGCGAAUGUCCCCUUUCUCUGCAACCUUUUCUUCGCGUUCUAAGUAGAUAGGCAAACUCGAUCCUCAUCGAUGAUUUCGGAGGACGCGGACAAUGUCUGCCGGGGACAACGACGGAAGGAAGGAAGGAAGGAAGGACGGAAGGAAGGAAGGAAGGAAGGAAGGAAGGCUGGAAGAAUCGAGGACGGUUCCCGCGUCCUCGAAGACCAACGCGCGAAGCUGUUUGAGCUGCACUCAACGAUUUCCACGUCGAUGCUGGAACCAAAACUGUUCUAGUCAAUAAUAAUUAAUACUAUUAUACGAAAAUGUACACGUUACGACCGAUCUGGCGAGCGAGUGAGACUGUUCCGUGCGUGAGUGUGUGAGUGGGACGAGCGAAACGAUGCUUGUACAUACGGUACCUGAAGUCGAAGAACAUAUUGAUCCUCCGGGGGUCGCGGGCCGGCCGGCGGCGAUUCGCGGACACAUUUCCAUAGAUACGCGGAAGACACAUUUUCGGAGCCUUGUUCUGUUGCUUCCGGCAGCGAGUUUCGUUUGUUCGAGUGCGUCGGUCGCGAGAGCCGAGUCGUCGAGUCGUAAAAACAUGGCCGGUUCGCUCGGACGGCUCGAGGAGGAGGCUAGUAGAUGCCGGGUUAGACUUUGAUGGAGCUCGGACGAAGAAGAACUCUCGUUUGCCGGCGAGAAGUGAUGAACGCGUACUGCCAGUACUUUCCUACGAUUUUGCACGAUCGAAGUUGACCACCGCGCGUCGCUCUUAUAUCACGUUCACGAUCCGAUGACUAUCGACACGCGUCUCGUUAAUCGUAAAAACCACCACUUUAAGACUCGUAUAUCGUAUUAAACGCACCAGAAUAAUAAUAUCCUUUCUUAACGAUGUUUUUACACUCGAGAACUUUUAAUAUAGCCGAGAACAAAUUUUAAGGACUCCAUCGAGGAUAAACGAGAAAAAUUGAAAACGGAACGAUAAAAAUAAGAUAAUACAAAAAAAAAUGAAAAAACGAAGAAAGAGAGAGAGAGAGAGAGAGAGACGUAUGAUCGAAUGAUGACGAAUCAUCAACUUCCCUCGUGCCAUCGAUACAGAACACACGUCGUUGAUAUUAUAUUACAUUUCACUCGAGCUCAUCACCGAAUUUUCCGUUCCGAUUCUACAAAACGAAAGAAAAAUGUAUGAGAAUUGUUUCGUAUCGAUCGAUCAAUUACGACCAUUCGUGUGCAAGUAGUCGUGAUCAACGAAGCGGCCAGCCUCGUGAGUAUAUGCUAACAUUUCAAACGUUACUGAUACCCGAAAUAAAGGCAACGACCCAGCGAAAAUGCGGUCGUUGUACAACUGAAAUUGA